UCACCGUGUGUGCUUGCUGCCAUUUUUUCUUCGUUAUCGAGUACAUGGACAAAUCGUACAAAACUGGUCCAAUUUUCUGUGAGUUUUUGCCAAGUUAGAUGUUGAAAUUCGCCUUUUGCAGCAUCGGCAUUCGGAGAUAUGAUCACUCCAAUCAAAGAGCAUGAAUAAUAAAGAAACAGCAACCAAUGGAGCUUCUUUAGAGGAUUGCAGAACCAACGUGUUCCCGCUGGCUGAUGCAAGAGGACUGCAGUGGAGAAAAUUUGCUGUUUUAAGUGGUGGAAGCUUUGCUAGGAUAUCUGAAGAUCCAGUGCUUAUUUCCUAUGCCAAUGCCAUCCAGCAAGGGAUACUUUGCUCAUGGCAGAAAUGUCAGCCAAACAAUAGAGAAAGUGGUGGAAAAUUAGUAGAUUGGACAAAAGAAUUGGUAAUUUUUUGGUAUGGAGAGGAGCCUCAUUUUUCUGAAAUUGUUUCACCAUCAUUAAGAGAAAAAGAAAGAGGUUGCUUCGAAGAUGGAAUGUCUUACGAGUAUCAAUCGCUGUUUUUUGAAUCUCUCCAUAAACAGCUUGAAAGGCAACUAAUAAGCGAGAAGUUCUUUUGCAAUGGCAGAUGGUUUACCAAAAGCUGCAAGAAAGGUUGUGAAUGGGAAACUCUGGCGUUCAGUUUCACCUUAUCCAUUUACGGUGAGAGCCUCGUUACCGCAAGUGUCGAUGUUCAAAAACAGGCUGCCAUAAGAUGCUUGUCGAGAAGUGACCUGUCAGAUGCAAUGUCCGGUGAUACUGUACACGUGGUCCUAGCUCCGGGUGGUCUAAAUGCGGUUCUGACAGGAUGCAGUUUACCGAGCACUGAUGGUCGAGCGGCUAGGAUUCUUACGGAAUGGGAUAAGUACUAUCCCAUUGUCAAAGACGAAAAGUCGAAUGGGUUUAUUCCUUGUCUCGUGGAGAUCGUCCAUUGCGAUAACAAGAUGCUGUACCCAUCCUGUCUUGUUGGCCUACCUGUUAGCAGAUCAGGCACCAAGUUUCCGGAAAUAAUGCGAAGUGACGUAAACGCAAAUGAAGCGAAGGCUGGUACUUGCAGCAGAAAAGCAUUUAGACCAAUCAUAGCACUUAACAACAGGAUUUGGGAUAAUCUUGAGCCACGGAAAGAAAGCAAGAAACUAAAUAGCGCAUCAAAAUCCGAAGCUGCGCCUGUGUUUGGACCUAACAUGCCGCUAUGGGACUUCAAAGAUAAAUCAAGGACGACUGUUUGUGGCUGUACUUCGUCAACAAAUGUCAAUAGGGUCAAGCCGAUGGGGAAAUUUGGGAGUACGGUAUCUGGUUUAAAGAGUACAUCUGGUCAUGUGGGAAUUAGCAGUCCAUCGACAGCUGCAUCUGGAGCCAAUCAAACUUCGAGUGUUACUCACAAAGGAAGAAAAGAAAGGAAAAAGACUUCACUACCUUUUCAUCAGAGAAGGUCUACAAAUACAGAGCGUAGCCCUACACCGCCCAUUACCCUUUCAGCCAACCUCAAGGCUGUCAAUGUAAAUACCGGGCCUGUGUUGCCUUCUAAUGUUGACUUAAAAACCGAAGCCCAUCUACAAACAGGCUUGCCUUCGAGAAAGAGUCCAGUACUGCAGAAAUCGUCAACGAGCAGGUCUUUUAGCUCUACCGGCCUGGAUCAAAGUUACAGCUCGGUGCAACUUCAGAAUAUCAGUCCAACCAAGGUUCUUUCUGCUAAUAGCAGGGCCUUGGAAAGCAAGGGAAAAUUCAAAUCAAAAUCUGUUCCAAUUAAGGGCUUGGUGAACUAUAUUCUUCCAUCGAACGUCAUGCCCAUAAAACCGGCAUUGUCUAAAGACACACUCGAGGCAAGGUCGUCUUUGACUGACCCGUCAUACUCAUCCUUAUGUGUUUCAAAAGAAGCUGAAAAUAACUACUCCAUUUCUGAGGUGAUGUCACCAACCCCGUUGCAGCUAUCAAAUACGAAGCCGGGGGGUCAUGUUCCUGAUGGGGAGGUUAUGAUCGUCAGAAUGCCAAAUAAAGGGGUAAAAAGAACAACAGAAAAUGCGAACAAUGUAGAUGAAAGCACGAAAAAGGUUAAGCUAGCAUCAUAUGCACAACCACAACAACAACAACCACAACAGCCACAACAACCACAACACCAACAGCAAUCGUAUGCAGCAGCAUCUCCUCCCCAGUCCCCCAGUCCCUCGCAUUUUCAUUCACAAACAGACUCUUUGUCCUACCAACAAACCAGCAACGCUAGUAGUUCUGCUCAUCAACAGCUACAAACGAGACGUGGUCCGGGUCGCCCCAAAAAACAAUCCACCUCACAGAGCUCUAUAUAUUCACCUAAAAACGAUCAAAAUAUACUUGAAAAUGGGUCUAUCUUGUCACCUCCUGUGGCUGACAAACGGCGAAGGCCCUCGAGCCAGUCGACAAAAAUCAAAGAUGAAGCUAUCGUUUCUCCCCCGUCCGUUUCAAGCAUCAAAGCUGCACCGGUUAAAGGCAGUAGGCGUCGACCGUCUAAGAAAGAUCAAUCUCUUUCGGAUAAUGAAUUGCCACCUGUCACAUCACCGUCUGCCAGAAGUGGAACAGUUGCUUUGUCUCCGUCACCAUAUUUGCCGUCCCCGGCGCGAACCCCCGGCUCUUCUUCUGGAAUCUCAUUCACGCAAUCAAAAGAUCUAGUCGUGGAGUUCUCUGAUCGUGACAAGUUGUUUGAGUUUUCAGACGAUGAAGAUGAUCAGGACAACAAAAGCAGGCAAAGCCACAUAAACACAGCAAUUGAUGCACACCCGAAUCAUCGCCCCCCGGCCCAUGACGAUGUAUUCAGAAGCACAUCGCUGCCGCCACCCACCACCUCUCUUCCCCAUGAUCUAUCUGAGAUGUUUCCAACUCCUCCGUCACAAGAAGCUCAGCCCCCCGCAGCAUCACCAGCUACUUCGUUGCCAGGCGACUACGGAAUGCCCUCAAGUUACACACAUUGCCAUGUUGUGAUGUCACCCGAGAAGCAUGUUUUGCCUUAUGAUAAACGGUUUGAAGAGAAUGUUUGCUCAGAGGGAACAGAGGGCUUGGAAACACCGUUUGUCGUGCCAGAGACGCAGGAAUAUCCGGUGGACGGUACUUUCACUCCGAUCUCCGUUCUGCCAAGCAUGAAGCGUAAAAACUUGAAAAUAAAAAACCGCGUUGCACUGAAGUACACGCCGUCGUGGAAGACCGGGGCUAGAACAGCUGCGAGCUAUCAGGAUAAAGCCGCUAAUCUUAUACGACUAUCGAUUUCGAAUUACGAUUCGUUACGACGGAUGCGUGCUAAGGAUAUUAUGCCAUGUUUGAGUCAAGCGGUUAUCGUAAAUACGAACGAAACUAUCGCGAAUAAAAAGAUGCCGGAAAUAAAAACUGAGAUUAUUGAAAAUGAAAAUAUAGAUCUAAAACCGUUAAUCAGUGUCGAUGUUGUAAGUCAAGGUAUUGUUAAAAAGGAGGUGACUGUUUAUAAUGGGAGCAAUAUCGAGGAGACAAGGGCAUUAGAAGUGGCUCUUGCUUCCAAAGUGUCUGUUUGUUAUUCAAAGGAAGAGUCGAAAGCUUGGCCGCAUAAUCGUCUCUUCAAAAGUGACAAGAACUUACCUUUUAUUUCAAUGGAAGAUGAAGCGGAGCUCAUAGCUAAGGAGCCUAAGCGUCCGGAGGUUUUAGACUUAACAGGAAGUAAGGACUCAAGCGGGGAUAGCAGUGUAGGCGACAAGGCAGCCUCUUCUGUUUUGCCCCCUCGAAUUGCAGAACUCUUUAAAGAGCAGUGGUUGUCUCCAUUCUCUGUUUUAUACAUGACAAGGAUGUUGUCUCAAGUUUACAAAGUCGAUUUUCACUCCAGUACUGGCGGCGAUAUGAACGCAAUAAUGGCCUCGGGGCUGUUGUAUGAGUUGAAUUCCACAGUACAAAAUGCUUUUAAGCAGUCUCUCAAAAGGAGAACUCAUGAACUUCAAAAGCUCGAAGGUCCAGUAACCUUCUCUUCACUUAACAAAUUAUCAGGGAAAAACACAGUGCAAAGUAGCCUGCCCGUGCACCCAGUUCUCAUUGGCGCCGACGGUGAUUAUGUUUCUGUUGCACCUAAUUGUUUGAAAUCGUGGACCAAAUUGCUCCUUGAACCGUUUUCUGGACAGCGCGAUGUGGCGUAUGUCGUUGUUGCUCCAGAUACCGACCUUGUUCUUGAAAAUACCAAACAGUUCUUCAGGGAACUCAGUAUAACAUAUGAGUCUAUGAACCUCGGCAAACACGGUCCAAUUAUAAGAGUACUACGAGAGGGCAUUAUCCGUGUACAGCUCAAGGUCAUGCAAAAGUUAGCUAAUGAGGCUGUUGAUGAGUGGUUUUCGCAAGAUGAAAGUGCAGAAUCCAUAAGAAUGAAGCUGAUCGCGCAAGUGUGCAAGGCGCUUCUCGGUCCGCAUUUAGCUUCUCUUGAACUAAAUCGAACGCUCUUUGACAAGUCACCAGCUGAGGAGAAAAACUCCGCAGAAAGCACUCGACCAAAGAUUCCAGGAGCCAAUGCUAACUCGAUUUCAGGCCUUCAUGGUUUAAGCUCUCUUGGUUUGAUUCACGAGGAAACAGAUAACGGAAGUAGUAACAGUGAACUCCCUGCCAUUGUCGUGUACAUGAUCGACCCGUUCCAAGUAACCGGUGUGUCGUCUUCUAAAGAGCCACUUUGGUCAUUGAACGGUCUUAUAAGAGCUUUCGCAGAGAUGACGUCAAGCUUUUCCGAUGCUCUUAAGAAUAACGUUUUCCUGCAGGUGGUUCCUCUCGAGAGUAUACUACAAUUGAAGGCCAGCACAAAGUACCACAAUGGAACUGGAUUAAAUCAGCUGGAUUUACAACACCUUGCUUUGUCAGUCUACUCAAGCUGCCGGGUUACUAUCAACUCGUUAAACAGUGGCAAAAUAUGCACCGGAUUUGGGCCUGGCUCUUUGAGGGACAAGCUAACCAAGAAAAGACAGGUUGAUCAACAGUUUCCGACCCGCGUAUUCGUUCCGCCCUUUAUUCUUGCCCCUCAAACUUCACUGAUCAGAGAGGACCCUCACACUUCAAUGGAUCUAGCAAGAGUAAUGACAACAGGGGAUGGUAAUAUACUGUUCUGUAGUUAUUGCUUGUCGCAGGAUCUGUCUUGGGUUCUGGUCACUUGCACUGACAAGAGUGGGGAAAUUGCAGAUACCACUAUCAUUAAAGUCCAUCCACAGAUACGGCAAAUGCGUGAGAGCAAAUCGACAAGGAAAAUGGCACUGAGAAGAGUUUUGAAUUUUGCUUUGGACGUUAUCUCGUUCUUCUUUGAGACAUGGAGGAUAGUCAUUCAUCGACUGGGAAGUCCGGGAAAAGGCGAACUGAAAGAUUUAUAUGACUUGAGCCGAAAGCUGGUGACACCAGUGCAAACCAAAAAGCGUCCGGUCACACCAGAAGUUUGUGUUGGCUGCAGAGCAACAGCAGAUGAGAAACCAAGGCCUACUGUACGAAGCAUCACCGUUGCCAGUGUGCACCUUGACUCGAAUGUCAGAAUCCUUCCGGGAAGUACGAGGAGAAAAUCAAAUUCAGGCUCUAAAAUAUUCGUUGUUCCGGUUGUAAGCCAGUCAGCAAAGAGAAGGGACCGACGGUUGUUAGGAUCAGGGUCAUUGUCACUGCCAAUGCCUCCAGCCGAUGAACUGAUUGCCGACUCUGUGUUCGAGGAGCAAUUCAUGGGGCUAUUAUCAUCUCCAGCCGAAGUAUCUAGCUCAUCGCUGUUAACAUCACUACAUUCAGAUCUAGGGCAACCAGUUUUUUCUCCUGGUGACACGAUGAAUGUCAGCUCAAUUUCAACCAUGUCUCCCUUUCAACCGAUCAUUCAAAAUUCACCUGCGUUCAGCACAGCUUUUUCACCUGUACCAGUUAUGACUCAGCCAUCUUCCACCCCGAUAGUCAAAACUGGCUCAUCGGAUGAGUUCACGAAACUUUGUCGACAGCCGUUGUGUUCUGGGUACAUACUGGUGGACUCCUCAUCACUUGGGAGUCACAUAACCAAUACGCCCUUGAUAAAGUCGGAUCUGCUCUUUCAUUUAACGAAACACGAUGUUCAAUUAUCGAAGCAUCCACUCGAUUCAGAAAAUCAUCUGGAACUCCACAGAUUCGUGCUUGAACAACUAGACGCGUUAUCAUGGCUAACAAUCGACACGGUGACGGGUAAACGUCAUUCGGCACUCGCAUCGCACAUUUUCUUGCUGACACGAUUUUACGAGACUUUUAGCUACUUUGUAUCCUAGCAGAGGGACAGAUGCCUAAGGCAAAAAUGAUAAUAUAAAUGAGAAUGUCCGUGAAUUUAUGCGAAUAUAUUUUAAACAGUGAAUUUGAAAGACAGGAAAGUACCGGAUUAUUACGUCACAGUUUUUAAAUAUGCAGAAACGUCUAUGAGAAAACGACAGUAAGAUUCAGUGGGGUGGCGAGAAAUUGCCUCAGUACACCUUAUAGCACUAAUCCUAGCAUCUUACUUGCGUGGAUUUUUGAUUUUCUGCUGAAGGAAAAACUAAAAUGCAACUAAAGAUAACUUGGUAAUUGAACAUUUCUUCAUUCUGAACCGCCCAAUUUACCCAGCAGCAUAAGAUAUCUUUGUUGCUAGGGUUCCAUUCUACCGUUUGAUAAUCCUCUCAAAUUUUUCCAGGAAAUUUAGCAGUAGAUAUAGCUAAGGAAUUUGGCAAUGUAAUCUUGUCACCCACUGAAUCAUAUUGCCAGUAACUGUCCCAGUUAAAGCAAAGGGUUUCAAACUUGGUUGCAAAACUGUGCGAAUCCGAACUUUGUUAUAUAGUAAAUUGUAAAUACUAAACCUGAAAUAAUCAUUUUAGGUAAAAGCAAUGCUACCUUUUGUAAUGUCAAUUUUAUUUUGAUGCAUUUUAUGGACACAGUGAAAUAUUUCGUAAGAAUUCCGUCUUCAUUCGUGACAAAGUGAUUUAGUUUGAAGAAUUCGUAACUCUCUACCGUCCCCCUGCGUGGCAGCCCAUUGCUUAGAAAUAAAGGUUUGGAAACAGUUGUAUUCGCCCUAAAGAUGUUAGGCUUCGUACUUUAAUGCAAGUUUAUCGAUAUAUAUUUUUAUUUUCUACAUAGUCAGGCUUCUGACUUCCACUUUGUAGAAUAACUUGUUGAGGGCUUGUCUGUGUAACAGACGCCUCUUUUAACAAUAUUGCUAUGAGGCUAUCGAGCCCUAGAAUCCCCCAGCCGUAAUUUCACACCAUUCUUUAAGUAACAUGCUCUUGAAAGAAUAUCUCUGUUACUCUUGUUAUCACUUCAAAUCAAGUUCAUUUCGUAAAAAAGGAAAUUGGUAUCCAGCUCCCCAUUUAAAUAUGAAAUACUACAACGCAUCAUUGUCCUACUUAAUGACCCUCCAAUUUCCACCACUCAUUAUUUUUCUCACAGUUCAGCUCUCCAAUAGAUAUUAACUUGUAUCGCUUUUUGAGCAAUUUACUUUUGGUAAUAGUAGUUCGAUCCUCGUGGAGAAAUUACAUAAGCUACAGGAGCUCUGACAUUAUUAAUGCUUAUGAAUUCAAAAUUCUGAACUCUAAUAACCUGUUUUAAACCCAGCAUCGGCUUCACCAGGUUUUUCUAUAAGUGUAUUUCAAAUGCGUGUAUCUGUGUUCUUCUCGGUCCAGCAUUUGUGCGGCGUAUUUUCCAAACUAUGUUAUAUUUAUCUAUUUAACUAAUAUGUAUUUAAAUAUAGCUAAAUGUGUGAUUGUCAGUUCUUCGUAGAAAUACUCCAGGGUCUUAAUCGAAUAAAUUUGUAGUUGGAGCUCUUCUCAGCA